AUGACGAAAGUUGUCAAUUACAAAGUAAAUGGAUCUGGAAGAGAUACAUACAUCAACUAUGGAAAUGGUGGAUUCUAUAAAUCAGACUCAUUGCAUACAGAGGACUCCUUUUACUCCUUGUCAAAGCAGAACUCAUUGCCAAUUAUUAAUAGCAAAUUCAAGCUGUAUCACACAGAUGGCACAGGGCGAGAUUCUUACAUCAGGUAUGUGAAAUGAAUACAAAAAGCGAGUCUCAGGGCGGGUUCUAUAGCUAUCAACCUAAACUAAAUUUUUUAGGCAGAUUACGACGCUAUGAGCCAUCUCCUGAGGCCAUUAGAGAAAACGACUUUCUAAGAAGAAGCUAAUUGGUCAAACCAGCCAAGGAGCAAGAGCGUCAGCUCAAGUAGCAGUGUUAGAGUAUUUUAGAUAGAGCGCAGUAGUGGAACAAGUAACUCAGAGACUACAAUUACCCAAAAUCAAAAAGGAAUGA